AUGGGUGAAAACGUGGUAGAAGAGGCGCCAUUCCCUCUCACGGAUCUGGAUAAACAGGUCCUGUCCCAAACGGACGAGGAGUACACGUAUCAUACCUGGGAUGAGCUCUAUUCUCUCAUUCAAAACAACCAGCUCUUCCUCCUCAAGAGGAAACCGUCCGACCUGCGGCGAUACAUGAAGUGGACAGCUGAAGUCAAGGCCGAAUACGGCGGGAUUACCAACUAUCUCCUUGCCCACCGUUUGCCCAAGGCUUGGGGAUCCCCACCAUUCAAAUGGGAAUCCGAGACGCCGUUCGCAGAGCCAGCAGACUAUCGUGUGCUGAUCAACGACUGGCCGUACGGCUUCACGCCAGGCAUCACCCAUAUUGUCGUGUGGUCCCGUACCCCGAUCGCCACGGACGAUACCGUCGGUGAUUUGACUCCCGAGAGCAGGAAAACGGUGGGGGAUUUUAUCAAGCGUUAUUUUGUUGAUAGUCUUGGGCCCGGCGGUGAAGAUAAGGUGAUUUGGUUCAAGAACUGGGUGGCGCUCCAGAGUGUACGAACGGUGGACCAUGUACACGUUUUUGUGAGAGACGUCGAACUGGCCGUGCUCAAGGAGUGGACGAAAGAGCUUGAUUGCCACCGAACUUGA